UCUUGUGUAGGCUUUACGAAACACUCCCAUUAGGGGGUUAAAUAGCUUAUAGAAAAUGUGUAUGAUAACUUGAGACGCGCGACCUAGUUAGCUCGGAUUCUCUUCUAUUUUCCUCUGCUCUCUCUGCCCCGUGAUGUUUUCGUGUAUCCAUCCUUGAAUGCGUGGUGGCACCCCGCCGCGCUCUCUCUCUCUCUCGCCUCCCUCCGGACUCUAGGAUCUCCCAUCUCCAUCUCUGUCUCCGCCCCCAAUGAAUGCAUCGUUUCAUUCAUUCACCUACUGUAUGCAAAGGGUAGCGAGUCGCGUUCACUGACAAAUGAAAGACGCACCAAGAAGGACACGCAUUGCAAGUGUAUCGUAAUCGCUUUGACAAAAAAAAACAAAAAAACGAUUCAAAAUAAUCGUGGAUUUUCUGCUAAAUAACUGCAAGAAAACGCGAUCUUUCUAAGACGUUCUGUGCCUCCCUAUAGGCUGAUAACGUUAUGGAUUCCUUGGCAAGGUCGACAGUAACUUCAGGUAGUGGAAUACGAGCGAAAGGCUAUCAAUGUGAAGAUCAACCAUUGACUCCAACAACCAAUCAAUUCACUUCUAACUGUACCUGAGGGGGUUCUAGAAGACAACGCCAUUGCCAUGGAAACGCCCCCGGGUUCCAAGCGGAGGACGGUGGUCGCACAGAUGGAGUCGCCCCGCGCAGGGGGUGUGGCUAUGCUUGUUGACGUCCUCGGCAACACAGAACCCAACACCAACCGAGGGGUGGAGCCUAAACUCAAUCUCCAACUGUCGCCAGGUGAGGCCUUCCCCCAUGUCGCCGCGGAUACCAGGAAGUUGAAUGGAGGACUUGGUAGUGGCACCUCACCUUCCUGUCUGAGGGCUGAUUGCACGGGAAAGGAGGGAUCAUGGCAGAGUAAAGGAGGGAGUAUAGUUGUGAGCGGAGGAGGGAGAGGAGGAGGGGUAUUAAAACCACUAACAACGCCUGAGAGAGAGGAAGCUAAGAAAAGCAGGAUCCCUAUGGCUCUCUCCUUGAAGACGGACACACACACCCACACACACUCCUCACACACCACACACACUCCUCACACACCACACACCCACACACACUCCUCACACACCACACACACCACACACACGACCACUACUAGCAGCGAACGAAGGCUGAGGUCUCCCAACAUCAAACACACCACAAGCCCUAAAACACACACACACCGAACAGAACACACCUGGGAUGCCAGCUCCAAAGUAGAACACUCCAGAACCCAUCACUUGUCUGCGGUGAACUCCAAGCCCUCGGCUUCCAGAACCAUGCAGGGUUCUAAGGAUAAUCAGAAGGGUUCUAGUUCUAAAGGUCCUGCUCCACCACCCGCCCCUCUGGCCACCUCAAGCCCCAAAUGUAGAACCACCGUUGACGUGAUGCUCACAUCAACCACCUCUGACAUCAUCACAGGGGGACGAGCUUCGGACUCUGACCUGUCGAUGGGAUCACUAGGGGUCAAGGGCAACACACCUCAUAAUUCUCCAUUCCUGACCCCUGACCCCUUUGCUACGGCAACAGACAACACAGAGACGACUCUAGAAAACGCAGCUCGCCAACUGGAAUCCAAAAUGGCCGCCAAAGUCUCAGAGGGGUCGUCGACAGGGACGAUGAGAUCACAGAGCGGCACCUGUCUGAUAGGAGGGGGAAUGUCCGCAGGACCUACGCUAUCCCAGAAGGCCAUGCAGCAGAGUGACACGGCGGCGACGUGCGAGGCCCUGGAGAGGGACGUCCAUUCCCCAGAGUAUCGCCGGGAUGACGGACAUAGCCAAGACGAUUGCGCAGGCCAGUUGCUGUGGGAGACCAAAACACCUGGAGUCCCGCUGGGAGACCCGAGUCACGUGGGAGAUGGAAAUGUCAUCGCCGUCACCGGCGGCAACAACAAUGAAGCGUCGUCAAGGGCAACGGAGAAGGGGAAGAAAGAAAUGGGAAGAAAGGAGGAGAAGGAUAAACACCAGCCUCCAGGGACCUGGAGCUCCAGAGUGCGUAAAGAGGCCGGCACCAUGACUAACCCCAACGAGGUGAGGCGUUCCUGGGGUGAGGCCCGGAGGGAGGUAGGGGUUCAGGCUGUAGUGGAGGUGUGUGACCACUCCGCCACUACCAGCCCCCGCCUGCUCACCCUGUCCCUACGCACUCACCGUGGCAACGCAGGGAAACAGGAAGGGGUUGCUAGUGACAGACAGAGAGACACAGACUCGCGGUCCAAUGGGAUGACAGCUGGGGUUCAGAGGGGGAGUAUCCUUGUCUGUGACCUCUGCAUGGACCAGCAGGUCAGAGGUCAGGGGUUAAAUGGAGAACUGGGGCCUUUGAUUGGUUUACAGAGCUGUCAGUCAAGGUUGGUCACACCGCAGAACCAGGAGGCGGGACUGAAUGCAGUAGCCCCGCCCCUGUGCUGCAUUCCUAUUGGCCUAGCCCCAUUCCAACACAUCUGUCAGAUAGACAUCGAGCUCUGCAGCCAAUCAGAGCACCCGAGCAGUAAAGAUAAGCUGCCGACCACCAAUGAGGAGCUGCCGACCAGUGUCACCAACGACAAGCAGCAGAAACCAUCCGAGACCCACAUCAAAGCUAAAACCAGACAGACAGACAAUUCAGGUACCAAGACUAGCCACAAACACAGAACCCACUCCUCUCCUUCCCACUCCUCCUCUCACAGGACCCACAGACACAAACCAGGCUCGGGCAGAGACAAACAGAAACCGGGGUUGGAAUGGAACCAGACUGGAUCGGACCUGUUCCAGCCAGACCCAGGGAAGAGUACCACCAAACUGACUGCGGAGAAUGACCCCGAACAGGAGAGGAAGGACUCUGGGCCGGUGCAGAACGUGGUUUGGGACGAACAAGGGAUGACCUGGGAGGUGUACGGCGCGUCGGUGGAUCUAGAGAGUCUGGGGUUCGCCAUCCAGUCACACCUGCAGUGUAAGAUCCGAGAGCACGAGAAACGCAUCGGAACACUACGGAAGUCUGUCUCCCUAGAGGUUCCCUCUCCGGGAUCGAAGAAGUGGAAGGAGAAGAAGAGGAGGAGCGUUAUCCGGUCAAUAUGCCGACCGGGAUGCUGCAGGAAACCUCCCGCGUCGCCCGCAGGGAAGUGAUACAGUCUCGGAAUGUUUGGAAUGUUUACAGACGAAACAUUCUAGAACGUUCUAAAUCUAGAUUGUAGAUCUGUUCUAGAACAUCACCCGUCAGGAAGUGAGAGAAUAUUCAGGAAUGUUCGUGGGCAUUCCAGAAUGUUCACGGAUGGAUAUUCUAGAACAACAUUAUAGUCACAGGAGGUUGGUGGCCCUCUAAUUGGGGAAGACGAGCUCGUGGUUACGACUGGAGCGGAGUUAGUGGAAUGGUAUCAAAUACACCAAACACCUGGUUUCCAUGGUUUCCAUGUUGUUUGCUGCCAUUCCAUUGACUCUUUCCCAGCCUCCAUUAUUAUGAUGCUCCUCCCCCUCGGCAGUCUCCAUUAUUAUGAUGCUCCUCCCCCUCAGCAGUCUCCAUUAUUAUGAUGCUCCUCCCCCUCGGCAGUCUCCAUUAUUAUGAUGCUCCUCCCCCUCGGCAGCCCCAUUAUUAUGAUGCUCCUCCCCCUCGGCAGCCUCCAUUAUUAUGAUGCUCCUCCCCCUUGGCAGUCUCCAUUAUUAUGAUGCUCCUCCCCCUCGGCAGUCUCCAUUAUUAUGAUGCUCCUCCCCCUCGGCAGUCUCCAUUAUUAUGAUGCUCCUCCCCCUCGGCAGCCCCAUUAUUAUGAUGCUCCUCCCCCUCGGCAGCCCCCAUUAUUAUGAUGCUCCUCCCCCUCGGCAGCCUCCAUUAUUAUGAUGCUCCUCCCCCUCGGCAGCCUCCCACUGGUUCUAAUCUGGAACAUUCUGGAACAGCAAACCUGUUCCUGAAAUCUGAUUACGAGGAUACAUUUUCUACAGUUGUAUCUUGGAGUCGUUCUCGGGAAGGAGAAGAGAUGUUCAAUCCGUCAACUGUUUGUAGCACAAGGACACAAAAAAAACUGAAACUAUGGACAACUUUCACGCUUUGCUAUGAUACCACGUAUCUGCUGUUAGCCAAGACAGUAGCCACAUGAACAGCAAGGUUAUGUCCCAGAAGGCACUCUGUCACACCCUACUUAUAGUGUGCUACUUUUGACCAGAGCCCAUACAGGGAAUA